CUGCCUCAGCUGCCGCCCGUCCUCCUGAGCGCCCUCGACGUCCCUCCAUGCGGCUCCGACCGGAGGAGCACCGCUGUCACGAUGUCUGGCGCAGACGAGUCCACCGAAGCCCACGUUGACGACGCCGCUGUCGCCCAAGGCCACCCUACCUUUGUCUCCCCGCGCACGCUGCUCGAGCCCUCGCGGCCCACGCUGCCUCCGCGGAGCUUCACCGCCCUGGACCACGAGCAGCUGGACGGCCUGAAAACCAUCCGCGCCUUCCUCCGCGCCAGGACGAGCUACGACGUGCUGCCGCUCAGCUACCGCCUCAUUGUGCUCGACACGGCCUUGAUGGUCAAGAAGAGCCUCAACAUCCUCAACCAGAAUGGCAUUGUCUCUGCGCCGCUCUGGGACUCGAAGACGUCGACCUUUGCCGGCCUGCUGACGACGUCGGACUAUAUAAAUGUCAUCCAGUACUACUGGCAGAACCCAGACGCGCUGGGCAGGGUCGACCAGUUCCGCCUGAACAGCCUGCGAGAGAUCGAGAAAGCGCUUGGUGUCAAGCCCAUCGAGACAAUCUCCAUCCACCCCGACCGCCCCGUCUACGAAGCAUGUCGCCUGAUGCUCGAGUCGCGCGCGCGACGCAUACCCAUUGUCGACACUGACGACGAAACACGGCGCACAAUGGUCGUCAGCGUCAUCACACAGUACCGCAUCCUGAAGUUCAUCGCCGUGAACGUCAAGGAGACGCAGAAGCUGCGGAAGCCGCUGAACGAGCUGAGCGUGGGCACAUAUACGGAUAUUGCGACGGCGACCAUGGACACGCCUGUCAUGGAUGUCAUACACAUGCUGGUCAAGAAGAGCAUCUCCAGCGUGCCCAUCGUAGACAGAACUGGCGUGGUCCUCAACGUCUUCGAAUCCGUCGACGUCAUCGCCCUCAUCAAAGGCGGCAUGUACGACGACCUCAGCCUGACGGUCGGCGACGCGCUGCUCAAACGCUCGGAUGACUUCCCCGGCAUCUUCACCUGCUCCCUCCAAGACAACAUGUCCACCAUCUACGACACCAUCCGCAAAUCCCGCGUCCACCGCUUCAUCGUCAUCGACGACGAGAGUAAACUCAAGGGCAUCCUUACCCUGAGCGAUGUAUUGGAGCAUACCCUGCUCGAGGGCAUGGAGGAGGAGGAGUAUGAUGCUAGUAAUCCGCCGUUGAGCUGUGCUUAUAGGGGGUGAUGCUUUGCUGGGGUUUGCAUUAUGGGGCGUAUUGGGCGUUUUAUGGCGUGGCGUGGCGUGGAGGGAUGGGAUGGGAUAUGAAUGGGGUGGUAUAGUGGGGAUUUGUGCAUAUAUCCUCAGUUUCUGACUUCUGAGUUUUGGGCGGUGGGUUCUGGGUGGUGGUAAUAUCUACACAUGCACAUGCACAUAUACAUGAACUGAAAUUCUGUCUAGCUAUUAAGUGCUUGUCCCUGCACUCCUGUUCACCUCACUCCUUCCUUUCUUUCUUUCGGCACAUUAGCGCAUAGUUUCCUCGCCGUAGAGACAAGACUG